AGUGAGGCUCAAACGGAGGAGGAAAAUGGGAAAUGUUCACACGGAGAAGUGGUUCCCUUUGUUCUUUCAUUGUUUCUACCCGAACUGGCGGAUACAAGGGAUAAACACUUACCUUCUCUCCUUUUUGCUCCAAAACAUCAGCUGUAAAAUACACGGUCCACUUUGGAAGCAGCUACAAAUGUCGGGAGAGUUUGUAUUCCAUUCUUUUGCACUCUGCUCUUUUUAGUGUAAGAUUAAGUUGUCGAGCACGUUGCUGCAAGCCCCCCGCCUUAGUGAAUGGUCACGUUUAGGACCCUCCAAGUCCAUCCUAAUUCUGCCAGUAGAAUUGAGGGUAUUGGAGGUCUAAACUUUCAAAAGGAAAAGGGCCUGCAUCUAUCGAGCAGACCUGAAAAUGCACUCAAUUCCUCACUCACUUCCACAAAAUGGAUAUAAACAUCUCACCCCAGACAACUCAAUGAAAUGUACAUUUUAAAGCUUGAAUGUAGAAAAGCUGUUCCCUCGGCUGAGAUAAGCUAAAAGCAAAUUGCCGUGAAGAAAAUCUACUUCAGUGUAUUCCACAGCGGGAAUAGUCUCUCUAGUUUAAAACAAGUAAAUAAGAGCAUCAUAUAGAAAUGCUAAGCAUAAAGUUAAAAGGAAAACAACCUCAGAGGAAUAUGCUACCUGGGGUGGAAUGGGAAGAAUCACAGUUUUUUAAAGUGUCCCUUUUUCGCAAAAAUUACUGCUUUUCUUUUUUCUCCCCAUGCAAUCCAGGCGGGGGGAGAGGAACCCAUUUUCUGCUCUUUGUAGUCCAGCCGGCAUUUUGCACCCAGAAACACAGGCAGUUCCCCCCCAAACCUUGCUUUAAUCUGAUUACGAGGAGAUUUGCUGAUACAAUGAAUAUUUGAAAUGAUCCUUGUGUCUUAGUGAGUGGGAAGCAUUUCCAGGCUCCCGUUUCCAAGGCUCCCUGCUGCAGAGGGAAGAGGAGCGGUGGGGAGACCCCAGUGCCCGAGGCCCCGGCGGGGUGGCAGCCAGGGCUGGGGGGGACAGCCCCCUCCUCCAGUGCCCAAGGGCGCUGCAUUAAUUUAGCUCAACUCCCUCGGCCGGCGGUUGGAGCAGGAUCUUUAAGUGCCUUUUCCCCCUGCAUCAUCACGCCUUUGCCAAUUGAAAAAUAAACAAAUAAUAGCAAAAUAAAUUUUAAAAAAGAGAGAGGAUGCAGGCGACCCAAAGUAAUUGUGAGACUGAGAGUGCGUGUUGUCUCACACCCCCUCUCCUCCUCUUCCUCCCCCUCCUCCCGAUGUGGCCUUAAUGGCAAACUGGAAGACCAGCUUAUUUCAUAGGGCCAUAUUACAACCAAGGUAAAUAGGGAGUCGUGGGGGAGAGGGAGGGAGGGGGGAGGGAGCAAAAGGGGGUUUUCUUUGAUAGCAUUUAAUUGGAAUUGAAACAUUCUGGGGCUGUAAACAUUCUUUAUUUAUUCAGCACACAUAAGCGGGCAUUGUUUUAUCACCAUCAUAAUUACGGUGUCCUUUAAACUGACUGAUAGCAAAGGAGAUAAGGGAAUGUGCCUGUAGCUCCAGAUCAAAUCGCUGGUUCGCCCCUCUCCCCGGGUCACCAGGAUCCACACGGUCCUUGGAGAUGAGGAGCGCCGGAAGAUUGUGGCCUGGCUAUUCCUUACGUCAUGAAAGUGAUUUGUACCACAUUGCUAAUUUGGUGCAAUUCAUAACCUCCUGAUCUCCUUCGUUUGCAACUGCUUUUCAGUUUGCAGGGUACGUUUUUUAAGAUGUAGUUUUCCACCACAGAAAUUAAGAGUGAUCACCUAUGUGCAAGAGAGGAUCUUGUUUCCCAAUGUUUGUUGCUUUACCUUUGUCUAAUUAAAAAUGCAAACUUUUAGGAUCCUUUCAGAACAAAGCCUCACCAAAUCCCCUUUACGUCCAAGGAUUUGCAAAUUUAUAAAGGCUGCAUUGAAUUCAGCAUGGGUCAAGGGGCAAAAAAAGGGUAGAAGGUCACUGCAUUUUGAUUAUGGGUCAGUAAACAACAUGGCAUGUAGUAUGUGUCCAGAAACUCCUGCUAAAAAGUAUUUUAAAACUACCAUGAGUAUUAAAUUCAAGAAAUACUCUUAGCCCAUAGUGAUUAUAAAUUGCACAAAAUUCUAAUGUGCAGGAAACACUCCAGCCCUCAUGAAAAAAAAAAAAAAAAAACCAACCAAAAAACCCCACAAGCUUAAAAAGCACUUAGUAGAACUCUGCAUUGCAUCUCUGUUGAAAAAAAAAGAAAGAAAAAAAAAGGAGGGAAAAAAGGGAGGGAAGAAAAAAUAAAAGGAAAAAAGAAAAAAAAACAACACCCAAACUUCUAGACAUAAGAGUGUUAGCUAGAUUAUGAUUUUUGUUUUACCAGAGUGAUGGCUGGUAUUUCUUUGUCCCACACAUUUAGGAGAUUUAGUUAUACAUUCUGAUACAUUGUCUGACUAGAAUUUAUGGCAAAUUUUAGUGACUACAGUCACAUUUGGCUGACUUUUAAAUAGCAGAAGGAUCCUAUUAUACUAUUCUUUGACCCUAUUAUAUUUACGUUACUGGACUCUUUGUGAUAGCCUCUAGCUGCUUUCUAUCUGUGUCCUCCUUGAGCAAAAUAUGCCCAACAGUAACUAGAAGCAGGGUGUAGUGUUAGAAAUCAAAUUCUCAUGUGAAAUAUGAAAUAUUUCUGUGCAGCAUCAUAAAAGCAAAAGGUUUAUUUAAUACUUGUCAAUACCUGAAGACAUAGUCCAGCAUUAACAAAUAAUAAUAAAUAAUAAUAAUACCCUAAUAAUGUGGCAAUAUUAGUGUGAAAAUGCACAUGACCCUUACGUUUUCCUGAAGAUUUUCAGAAUUCUCCCUAUUACUACAACCGGUGGUGGACAUUGCUGUUGCAUUUUCCAAUGAAACGUUUAAAAGACUGUAAAUGGUGUGUGCAUUACUACAUUGCAGAAGGAAGAGGUCAGGCUAAAUUGCACUGGUAUUUAAACAUAAUCAUACUAUGAAAAUAAAUCAAAACAUCACGUAAAAGGAGUAUUUUAAAUGUUACACACGUUUUCUUUCUGGAAUGACAUGGCUAAGCAGUUCCCUGCGAGCAUAUAUAUUUUAACACAAAUUUACAAAAAUAAAAGUAUAUGAUUUUCAACAAAUGGGAGUAGGUCUACAGCGAAGUAUUACAAAUAUUAUUUUGCUCUUUCUUUCCUAAUGAGGUUUAUCCUUCGGCCAGGCAGUUUUAAGACUGAAGUACUACUGGCUAUAGAGUGUAGAUUGCAGAUUGCACGCUACUCAAUGUGAAAAGGAGCACAUUUGAUUGAUCGCCUCUGUGUGUGUGUGCGCCCAUACACACAACUCUCUGUAGUUGCAUGUGUAUGUAUUUGGCAAAAACGGGCAUCUCUGGGCGUCCUUAUCUUAAGAAAUGUGAGACAAACAUCCAUGCCUUUAAUCAUGUUGAUCUUUGAUCACCAGCAAGGGUGACACAGUCCACAAAAUUAACAAAGAAACUCCCUUGCUUUUGAGAGAUAGCUACAUGUAUAUGUGGGUCUGCACACACAUGCAUAUGGACACACGAACACGCAGGCAUACAUCCCAGUAAGUAAAUUAUGGCAUAACUUUUCAUGUAAUUGACACCAGACACCUUUAAUUUUUCAUUUUGAUUCUUUUGACCAGCUUUCACAUUAACAAUCUAAGCCAUAAAUGUUGGUGGCUAUUGAUCGCAAUCCCCUGUGUGCGUGCAAAUCCAUUUUCAAGUCCCCUGCCUUUAAUGUGCGUGUGCGUGUGCAAGGGGCCUCUGACGGCUGUUUGUCAGCAUCUUCCCCAGCCUGCUUGAAGACGACCCCGGAUACACAACGUGUGCCGAUGGCCAAGGGAAAGCACGCACACACACACACGCACACACACACAAAAAGAGCCAAACCAAAUGAUGGAGAAGUAAAGGAACAAAGCUCUCUUGUGUGAGAUGUGGAGAAAGAUAUGCAACACAAAGUGUGUGUAAGUAUACUGUGGGGAUGUGUAGGUUGGGCGCCUGACAUUUCCCAAGACUUCUCGUGGGUUUCUUCCUGCCGACAUCUGGCGCUGCCUCGACCCCCGGUGCUCAUGGCCGCACCUUUCGGGAACCCGAGGUUUGCCGAAAAGCCGUCACUAGUUUUAAACGUUUGGUAGCGACGGAUUUUUUUUUUUUUUAGGACAUUUUUUAAAUAGUUGUCGAAUCCCACUGCCAGGCUAUCACUGGCAGAGCAUGGGUGCGGGUCUGUGUGCCCGUGGCUCCCUGCGUGCGAACGCACGCGUGGAUUUACAUGAGAAUCCGACCCAGCUGAACUACCUGACAAAUAAAGGACUUUUCAGCCCAUCGGGGUUUUGGGUAACCUCUUCUGAGCAGCUUUCUCGGAGUUUACUGUUCCUUUACUGUUGACUCCAUCGCCUUAACCUUAAAGCAGGGGGAGGAGAGCAGUAGGGAGGGGGUGGGGGUGUUCGCAGCAUAUAAGUACAUCAGGAGGAAUUUUUAAACGACCUUAUUGUCUCUAGCUCUAGAAAGACCACGAUGAUUUCUUUUUAGCGCCAGCAGCUGUUUUCUCUCGAAACUUUGCUUUUUUUUGCCUCUCACAUGAGAGAGCAGGAGGAAGGCAAGGCUGAGGGAUCCAGAUGCGAGGAGAGGGAAGGAAGGAGAACUCCGCGGAUGGUCUGAGCUGUGCCGAGGCAUUGUUCACUGCUGCCUCUCGGUUACGUUUAAAGGCUGAAAUAUCACGAGAUCCACUCAAUGAUCCUUUUCUAAUUCGAAGGACAAAAUGUAAUUUGCUGUAGCUCUGCUUUCUCGGAUGGGAAUACUAUCCCUGGGUUUCAGAGGGAAGAACUAGGCAUCGCGGUUCGCACACACAUGGAUUAAGUUGAACAGCGGCGAUUACAUCUGCGCUGAGAGCAACAGUAGUCCAGGGCUGACUUUUCAAAUCUCAGCCCUCCGAGUUGGAGGCUCCCUUGAAUAGACUUCCUCCAUUCCCGGAUGCACUUCUCCAAAUUCCCACUUCUCUCUCGAAUUCCAGUGAAACUGGGGGCUUGCCUGCAUUUCGCCUUGGCAUGCAAAACGGCGUUUUCACAGAGUGAUUAUGCGCUUUCUUUUAGCUGUACCUGACGGAGUAACACGAACUCCACGCACCAUAUUGCCAACACGCGGAGUGGAUAUUGACGUCUGGGAUUGAAGAUUUUUAUUUUUUUUUUCCCUCCGUCGAUUUUUUUGCCAAGUCACAGCAGUAUGAGCUGUCUCAUUAAUCUCGCGGAUGUGUCUAAUUCUGGAUGUGCAGUGAUACAUAAAAGUGCUGGUGUUUGUAUCCAGCGGAACACUGGAUGCACGGCAGAGAUUGGUGAUUUUUUUUUUCGCAGCGCCUAACGUGCAAACCGCAAGCAUCACUUUAACGUGACAAGGGAGAGGCAUGCAGCUAUCGCAACAUUUGUGAAAUCCUCGUUCUUGACACUCGAAUAAUUCAACGUUCCUAAGAAGAGGUUAAACCUUCAUGCUGCUUCUUCAAAUUGAUUUUAAGGGGCUGCUAUAAAUGGAGCAUCAAAAAGCUUCGGCAGGGCUACUCCGAGCGGAAUAUGCAAACUGCGAGCCAGAAGCAUCCUAGCCCGAUGCAAUAUCGUACAUUGUGUGUUCCAGCACUUUUUUGUUAUUACGUAAAGGCUCCUGGAAGCACCUUGGAUAUUUUACAUUCUCCUUUCUCUGCUGGAAGCAAUCAGCACGCAGGAAUCCUGACGUGGGCUCUGGGACUAUAGGACAUUCCAGCUCGUGAUCCAGCACGGUUAAUCGUGAAAAGUGUAUACAUUUCUGGCUUAUCUAUGCUUUGUUAUGGGUCUGACGUGAGCUCACGUCCUCCUCCCCCCUCCUGCAAUAUUACAGGCAGAAUUUCAGUUAAAAGUGUUGUAGUAUCACGGUGCGGCAACCCGUGAUAUUCAGACAGCAAAAAAUAACCUUAGUACCCGGCUAUAAAAAGCUAAUUAAGCAGAAGAGGAAAAUCGAGAGAAACUCGAAAAUGUAAGUACUCCUCCCUCUUGUUAACAACCGAACAUUUAACUUUGGAGCCUCAGAAGGGGAAAUACCAGGCUGUUCUGCACGUUCUCGCUAAGCUUCAUUUUCCACACAAUGCAGAAGAAAACGCUAGUUUAAAGCGACUACGUUACCGAAGGAUUUUCCAUCGCUACGAUCAGACUUAUGUCCUUUAAAUUCACGGCAUGCACAAAAGAGCAACGUUUGUCCAAAGCAGGCUGAAAAUAUACGGAACGAUAGGGGGGAAAAGCAUACAAAUCCUUCCUCCGAAGCUAGCGACGAGGAAGUCUGAGAGGGCUGAGUGUGUUUGAGCUCGGAUUGUUUAAUAGAAAGAUUUAUAUACUAACUGUAUUAUUUACUUUGGGAGGGGAGGUGGCAGUAUAAGGGUAUGCUAAUUAGUGGGAGAUUUUUUGGGGGAAGGGGUGGAAUAUCAAUUUUUAUUGCAUCACCUGUCAGGAGUGUCCAAUCAGCGUUGGCUUUAGGGGAAUUAAUUGAUGAAGGUGUCUCCGGACGAGCUCACUUCACUCUGUCAUUUUAUUUGUAGCUAAAGCAGCGGCGGGAAUAGCAGCUGCAUUUCUUUUCUCUUCCUCCCUUCACAUUCCAUUAUCAUAGUUUCCAAUGGAAAAGCAGGGAAUGAAAGGGAACAGGUACUGAUCUUCAGCAGCAACUUAGAGAAACACUUUGGCAAACCUGAUUUUUAAGAUUAUAUAUUGAUUAUAGUCUCACGGUAUUUUUUAAUUUAUUUUUUUAAAUUUUGUCUAAAGUUUGGCACUUCAUUCACCAGGAAUAACAGCCUUUGUUAUAUUUUAUUAGCAGGAUGCCUUGAGACAAAUACAGCAUCUGGCUGAGGAUUGUGUGUGUGUGGCUUUUUUUUUUUUUUCCUUUUUUUUUUUUUUUUUUUUUUUUCAUCUCUCUCUCUCUCUGCAAAUGCUGGGAAUAAUUUAAUUCACGAAAUGGGAGACCUGAAGUCGGGUUUUGAAGAGGUGGAUGGCGUGAGGCUCGGCUACCUCAUCAUUAAAGGAAAGCAAAUGUUUGCACUCUCCCAGGUUUUUACAGACCUGCUCAAAAACAUCCCGCGAACUACCGUGCACAAGCGAAUGGAUCAUUUAAAAGUAAAAAAGCAUCACUGCGACUUGGAGGAGUUGAGGAAACUCAAAGCCAUCAACUCCAUCGCUUUCCACGCCGCCAAAUGCACCCUGAUCUCCAGAGAGGACGUGGAAGCCCUAUACACAUCCUGCAAAACCGAACGGGUUCUUAAAACGAAACGGAGGAAACUAAGCCGGGCGCUGUCUGCCACAGAUCUGCGGCCAGAGCUCGCUCCCGCCGACCCCUUCUCCGGCUUCUGGAAGGAGAACAAACUUUGGCUGGGUCUGAGCGACUCUCCUCGGCCGCUGCUGCCCGUCCGGAGGAAAGCUCUGCGCCCGGGGGACACAGCCUUGCUACCGGCCGCUCAUCUACCUCACAUUUUUAGUAAAUACACUGGCCACAGCUACCCAGAAAUCGCUCGGGCGCCUUGCAAAUCCCCCGUAAACUAUGAAACGGCGCCGGCGGUGGGCGGCUGCGUGCCCCUGCGCUCCCGCCGCCCACUCGCCGCCGCGGCGCGGCCCCGGCUGCCGACCGCCGGUCCCCCGCCCCUGCCCGCCCGCUGCCGCCGCCGCCGCCACGGGGCGGCCGCCGCCGUCACGCUGGGCCCCCCCGGCGGCGCCCGCCGGCCCCUGGCCCUGCCCCGGCCCUGCCGGCCCCGCGGCGCCCCGCGGCUGCCGCUGCCUCUGCCCCGCGGCUUCGGGCCGCCCGCCUUCGCCGAGAGCGGCAGCAGCGACUCGGAGUCCAGCUGCUGCUCGGGCCGCGCCGCCCACGACUCGGACUGCGGCUCCAGCCUCUCCAGCUCCAGCGAGGGCAGCUCGGAGGAGGAGGACGAGGACGAGGAGGACGAGGAGGGCAGCGGCGCCUCGGACUCCAGCGAGGGCAGCUCGGAGGAGGAGGAGGAGGAGGAGGAAGAGGAGGAGGAAGAGGAGGAGGAGGAGGACAGCACCUCGGACUCCGACUCCAGCUCGGUCUCCAGCCAGGUUUCGGUGCAGAGCAUCCGCUUCAGGCGCACCAGCUUUUGCAGCCCGCCCGGCGUGGUCCACGCCAACUUCUUGUACCAUCUGGCGGCCGCCGCCGCCUCCCGGCCCCCGGCCCCGGCGGAGCCCGGCGGGCUGCCCGCCCUCCGCGGCGCUCCCGGCGGAGUCAAGCCGGAGCUGCCGGAGGAGUGGGGCUGCCCCGGCUGGGCUCCCGCCGCCCCGGCGCUGCGCUGCUCCGACGGCCUGGGGAGCUGCUUCGCGGAGAUAAGAGAUGAUAGGGUAUCCGAACUCACAUUCCCACACUCUGAAUUUUCCAAUAAUGCCAAGAGUACUGACCUAACAAUUAACUGUGUUGCAAAGGGGGCCUCUUCACCUAGCCCAAAGACAAACAAUGCAUUUCCACAACAAAGAAUACUCAGAGAGGCAAGGAAAUGCCUUCAAGCAACUACUACACACCGUGCAGAUAACAAUACAAUAGCUGCUAGGUUCUUAAAUAAUGAUUCUUCAUCAGCGGCAGCAAAUUCAGAGAAAGAUUCCAAAAUCCCUCAUUGUAUUGAAUUUGCCACGGAUUUGCCCUCUUUACAAACUGAUCCUGCGGAGGAUGCUGCUUCUCCAGGGGCAGCAGCAGCAGCUGAGCUCCAGUGCACUGAUACAGGCAAUAAGGCAUUGCCAUUCCUGCACAGCAUUAAAAUCAAAAUAGAGGACAGCAGUGCGAACGACGAGUAUGAGCCUGAUCUUACAACACAUAAGCUAAAGUGUGAGUGCAAUGAUACUAAGGAUGAGUUUUACGGUGUGACUGAGAGUAAUACCCAGGACGCUUUAUUAACAGCCAAGGAAGAUUCUGCAUGCACUGAGAAAGAAACCACUUCCUUAAACCCACUGACUCAGAGUCAAGUCCUCUCAUGCACUUUAGGUACUCCAAAACCUGAGGAUGGGGAGUAUAAAUUUGGAGCAAGGGUGAGAAAAAAUUACAGGACACUGGUUUUGGGAAAGCGACCUGUACUGCAGACUCCUCCAGUCAAACCAAAUUUGAAAUCAGCUCGAAGCCCACGUCCUACAGGUAAAAUCGAGACACAUGAAGGAACACUGGAUGAUUUUACAGUUAACAAUAGACGCAAAAGGGUAGCCAGCAAUGUAGCAUCAGCAGUGAAAAGGCCAUUUAAUUUCAUGGCAAAUUUUCCCUGUCCACCAUCACUAAUUAUUGGCAAUGAUGGGGAUUUGUUGCCAGCUUAUUCCUUAAACACCACUAAGGAUUCCCAACCACCUCACAAGGCCCAUCCUGUAUGGAAAUGGCAGCUGGGCGGUUCUGCAAUACCUCUUCCACCUAGCCACAAAUUCAGGAAAUUUAAUUAAUAAAGUAGUUUGGAAAAUAUUUUCUUGAACAACCUUUAACUUUCUUACUUUUUUUUUUUUUACUUUUUUUUUUUUUUAAACUCUGCAGCAUGGUUUGUACAAAUCCAUUAAUGCUAUACACUUUCGGAAUCCUAUUUUAUCACAUUGUGAAGACAGAAACCGGAUUACUAUUUUAUUUACCAUUACAACAGUGGGGGAUUUUUUCAUUAUUUUGGGAUUUUGGUGGGGGUUUUUUGUUUUUGUUUUUGUUGGUUUGGGCCUUUUUUUUGUUUGUUUGUUCUGUUGCAUUGUUCUUGUUUUGGUUUUGUUUUUUUUUUUUUUUUUUUUUACUAUGUUACAUUCCACAGAGUACUUCAGGCUAAAGACUCAAGUUAAACUCAGUUAUUAUGGUAGAGCUGGAACACUUUACUGUUUAAAUGCUAAUAAUGCAUCAGUACCUCAAUUCAACUGCUGCAAAUAAAUGUCAAAAGGUUGAAUAAUAAAUAUUAGAAUGAGCCAUUAAAUUUAUGCACUAGAUUUUGAAAAUGGAAGUCUAACUGUUAAUUCAGUUAAACUUUGUUAAGUUACAUGGUUGCACAGUAAGGGUUCACUAUAAUUCAAUGUGGCAGCAGUCUACUUUUCGGGAGCUUUGUUUUCGGGUGCAGGGGUGUCUUUUUCGAAGAGCAGUUGCACUCACUCCUUUUUUUCCGGUUUGGAAAAGACUGGGGUCCGCCUGUGACCCCAGCGUUGGGAAAAGCUGCCUCAUUUGAAACCAGUAAAUAAAUGUGGAAUUCUAUUUUUGGUAAAAGGGUGUCUUUUUACUUGUACAGCCACUCUUUGCAAUUGGGAAGCCUUUUUGUUUCACCCAGAGGUCUUAAAUAAGGUUACUGUUAUCCACUAAUGUCAUACUUAAGUUGUGGUCUGAACAUGCCCCUUACAAACUUGCAAAGCAACUAAAAUAUUUGCCCGGCCAGCAGUACAAUUUAUGGUCCAGCCCCUCAUGCUGGCUGGAGGAAAUAGCAAAGCAGUAAAUACAACACAGAAAGUGAAAUGAGAGGCCGUAAGUGGGAAGAUUACACAAAAUGAGAAGACAACGUUAUUCAUAGCUUUUUGGCAACAAAACUCAGGCAAUUCAACCAUGUUACACUUCCUGGUUCUAUCCUCAUCUCUUGAAAUUUGCUGUCGUGGGUUUUUUUUGCCAUGCCAUCCUCUCUAUGUAGCAGAAACAUUUCUACUGCACGUGACAAUCAGAGGCAAUUAUCUAUAUUUGCACUUAAUAUCGAAAUAGUCGAACAGGCAGACUUCUAGAGUCUAGCCCUUGGUAAGACAUGCUGGUAUAAUAUAUUGUGAUGAUGGAAGCAGUAAAUCAAAAUUAUGGAAAUUUGCACUGUUGAAAAGCAUGCUUUAGCUUUAUUUUCAAUUAAAAACACUGUUUAAAAAAAUCCUGAUUCCUAAACACUUUGAGUUAUUGCAGAGUUAUCCGUGGUUUCCUCUCCGUUUGUAAGUUCACUGUUUUUAUUUGGAGGAAAUACGCUUCAAGAGGUUAACUGUUUCACUCCCUCCCCCCCAACCUCCGCAAAAGAAAGGGAAGGAGGAAAAAAAAAAAAAAAAAAGGAGAAAGGCUGGAGGCCGAGGCCGAGGUGGAGGCAGAGCUGAGGACGGGGGAAGGUAUCUCUUGCAGGGGGAGGAUGGAUACAGCAACUCUGAAAACAGCCUGAAAAGUUUGCAGCUCAAGAAAGGCAAUAAUAAUUGAGUUGCUGAAUCAGUAGAGUUUAGGAUGAAUAAUUGCUGGUUUCUUUCUUUGGAUUAGCAUUUUAUUUAUACUAGAUCAUUCACAAAUUAAAUUUUAAGGAUUCCACUCAUCGAUCGAUCCCGGGAGAAUAAUUUAUCACAAAUCAAAAAAGGAAAACAAAGCAACAAUGUAAUGUUUACUGUGUGACUCAAAGUCAACAUUUCUGCUGGCAAUCCACUGCCUGGGUUCCAGUUUUUUAAUUCCUGCCUUUUGUGAUGCCCUGUCCCAACCCCUCGUGUCUCCAAAUAUUCCAAGCAGUCACUAACUGAUUUCAGCUCUGUUUACUAUAUCCACACCGGAGUUCUCCUCUCAUUGUAAGAGGCCUAGUCUAAGAAUACCUGCAGCCAAAUAUAUUUAGAAAGAGUAAACAAUUGCCUUUCAGUGGAGUUACCCUUCCCCCCUGCAUGCACACGCACACACACAUGCACACACAUCACUUUAAGCUGCCAAUUGCAAAAGGUGCAUUGCAUACUUAACCGCCCUGCUGAAAUUACGAUGGUCAUGAAAAAUCUGCUUACUGAAGUUGUUCUGAGAUGAAUGUUUACAUUCGUGUGUUUAGAGCUGCACAGAUUACAGCCUUAUUUCCAGAGAACUGUAAGUACCUACAAAAUGUACUGCUCAGGAAAGCCCCCUGCUCUGUUAGAAAUCGUGUCUGCCUGACAAAGGUCUUCCCUUGACCAAAAAAAAAAAAAAAAAAAAAAAAAAAAAAAAAAAAAAAAAAAAAGGGGGGGGGAAGAAAAAGAAAAAAAGAAAAAAAAAAAAAAAAAGAAAGAGCCAAAAGCUACAAAAGUGCAAUAUGCAAACUUGAAACCUAAAAUUUCGCCUUGUCAGUUAAACAACAUAUCACUUUCAAAGUAACUCUGUCCCCUGACCCUGUUUACUUCCAAUUAGAGAUAUGCUGAUUUGGCCAGGAAUUGUAAAUUACAGAGGUGCACUUCAGGUUCUGAAAUAAUCCGGGGUGGGGGGUUGGGGGUUGGAGGAGGAGGUAUAAGCAUAAAUUUAUACCAAAUAGGCUCUGCAGGGCUGAGGACGUGAAAUAUGGCGCCCAGCCUUGGCAGCGGCCUGGGAGCUCCAGGCAGCCCCGGGCAUCCCCGGCAGGCUGCUCCGCUGGGCUCCCUCCAGCCAGGCUGCAGCACACGGCCAGGACUUAAACAGCCAAAUAAUUUUCACACGUGCACACCUCAGUUUAGUACAAGUCACUAGCAGGGACAUUCAUGGUUUUACUACCGCUGGAGAAAUUAGCCAGGUACAAUAACUCACCAGGGAAAAAAAAAAAAAAAAAGAGGGGGGGGGAUGGUAUUCUGUUCAAUUCUGGUAGUUUGGUAACUGUUUCUGACGACAUUGGAAUCAUUAUUGCGAUUAGAAUUCAUUGUCAUUUCAGCCCUAAACAAGUGAAAUCUUAUCACUGAAUUACAUAAAAAUAAUCAAAUUUCUCCCAUAAAGGUAAGUUCUACUAAUGAGGAAAACCCAAGGUUUUCCAAGGGAGACAGGCUACCAUUUUGUUGCGAUGUUUACAUGAGAUAAAACUUACAAUGUGUUAAUAAUUGCCACCAUUUUCCAAUUCCUGGUGUUCACAAAAAUCAACAGAAUUUUCUAGAGGAAAAAGCAAUUGAGGAGGAGCAUGUACUGUAAGGACUAUACUCUGUAGGUAUUUGCCACAAAUAGAAUUCACUGGUAAAUUUAUUUGGAAUAUUUCUGCUGCCAGAUGGAAGACAAAAGAAAGUUUUGGACUCUGUUUAAUUCUCUAGGACAUUAAAAAGGGAACAUGUGUAAUGCCUUCAGCAAUGAGGUAUAUUGCCUUAAAAGAUGUAACUUGCCGUUUACAGCAAUUUAAGAAGCGAUUGUUCUAUAAGCUACACUUUCUUGACUACAGUGGGAUAAUCUCUUUACUGGUUGUUUAUUUAAAAAGCCACUACUAGCAAUAAUGCAAAAUAGUGGUAGCUGUUGUAUGAAGUUUGCUGUUUAAUCAAUUCAUAUGGUGAUUUUUUACAUGGUCUCUGAUCCCUUUUACUCGAACAGAUUUAGUUGCCAAUAAAUUAAAGUUUCUGCAGAAAUGAGAGCACUGUUAUCAUGUUUGUGUUUGUCACUGUUCACACGUGCGAGUGGUUGAGACAGAAAAGGGUAAAAAAGUGGCAUUUUUGACACACGGCGGUAAUCUGCAGGAAAAUAUUCUACAUAUGCAGUAUGUUAGAGAACAUGAAACACGGAUAACCUUGUUAAUUGUGGUUUUUAUGGUUAAGAGGAUUGCUGGGAAGAAUAUGUAAUGGUUCAUCCUGGAUCUAUUUGGUCAGCUUGGAAGCACAAAAGGAGGGCGAGCGCCUGAAAAUGAAAAGCCCUGGCUAGCAAAAUCAGGAGGGAGGCUUUGGGAUCUACCUUCCCCAAGUCAGCUUGCGGACAUUACCCAUUCCCUUGGUUCCUGGCCCUGCAAGCCGCGGUCUAACAGCUCCGGCCGCACCAAAAACCUUUCGGGAACGGACAGCGAGCCGGGUUUAGGCCUUACACGUUGCAUUUUUUCACUGCGCUGAUAUAAUUAUUUCCCGUGCCCUAGGCCCCUUUCUCUCCCCCUCUCCCUUUCUCUCCGAGGCGGCCUCACAAGCCCCCGCUUUAAAAGACCCGAGAUGUUUUGCAUGAGGCGCUCACAAUAGGGGUUGAGGGAAUUGACAGUUUCAAAAACAAGGCGCCCUGUCCUUUCCAGAUGCCGAGGACCCCUCUCCCGCACCAUCUCUCGUUUGCUCCUCGCUGCUGGUGGCUUUACCCCUAGCAUUGCAAAUACUCGGCAACAGCUGUGUUUGUAAACAGGGGGGAGUACGGCGGGAGCGCCGCCGGCCCCCUCCCGCACCGCGCUCCCGCCGCGUGGAAAUCACAGAAAGAAAAAAAAGAAAAAAAAAAAAAAAAGAAAAAAAAAAAAAGAAGGAAAAAAAAUAAAAAAGAGAAGAGGGAGGUCAAUAAAAUGCGGGAGCGUAGCCGGGGCCCCCGAGCGGCGGGGCUGCCCAAGCGCGGCGGGCCCGGGGCAUAGCGCGCCUCGGGCCGCCAUCUUGCCCGGCGCGGCGGAGCCUCCUCGGCUCCCUGGCCCAGCUCCCCGGGCCGCCUCCCUCGCUCCCGGCCUGGGGCCCUGGCCCGGCGUCUCCGCUCCCGGAGCGGCUCCCGCGGGCGGCGGGGGCGGCGCGGCUGUCCCCGGGGGCUCCCGCUCUUCAAAGUGGGGCUGUGGCUCCCACCCCGCUCCCCCUCCGGCUCAUCCGCCGGGGCGUCCAUCUUCCCGGGCUCUCCCGUGGCGCGGCCCCGCCGCCUCCCCGCCCUGGCAGCUCCGCGCUGGGGGCGAGCCAGGGGCCAAGCCCGUGGUGGUUCCUCGGGCCCUCGGGGCAGAUGCUGGGCUCCGGGCCAGGAAGCGACCGGGGGAGGUCCGGGGCUCCGGGCCCGGCCGUUCGCUGUCCGCCCCCGCGGAGUCGGCCCGGGAGAACGCGGGGAGAGGGGUCAGCGCGGAAGGUCCAACAGGGCUGUUUGCUCUUGCGUCUAAAAUGUAGCCGGGGCUGUAAAGCGUGUGAAAUUACGCACCGGUCUCUUAAAGAGUGGCUAAUUUAUAGUAAAUAGCGAGGGCUUUGUAAAUGGAUUUAUUAUGUUGUUUCUUGUUAAUUGUUGAGAAAAUCCCCAUUGUUGAGUGUGAAUGGCUUUAUGGGCUAACCCGGGCCGCGCUGCAAUCGCGGGGCAGUAAAUGGCCGCUCCGCUAAUGUGGCCCGUAGCGAGAAGCCGGACCAGCCGCGGUGACCUUUGGGCGGUGGGGCCGGACAUGGACGUCCCGCAGGCAGACCUCGUCCCGAAGCCUCGGCCCUCGGCGGGGGCCGCGCCGGGACCCCCGCCCGCAGUGAGCCCCUCUCCCUGCCCGCAGUGAGCCCAGGGAGCAGCGGCCGGACCCUCCCCGCGCACGGCCGGAGCCGCCGGCCCCGCCGCGGCAGCGCACACGUGCGAGGAGCCGCUCCCGGCCUUUGUUCGCGGCCGCGCUGCCCCGGCUGCCCCUGCCCCGCACCGCCCCGGUCCGCAGGCCGGGUGUCCCUGCCCGCCGAGCGGCACGUCCGCAUGGGCUCCAAGGCCCUCGGCCUCCCACCGCCUUCCCCCUUAGACAAAUAAACAGAAGACAGCACCUCCAGUCCCUUCUCCCUCAUUCCGGAGGGGCGGGGGAAGGGAUGGCAAUAGGGGUAUCGCAAUGAACUUCCCCAAACUGCAGCACACCGUGCCCCCCCUUCCCGGCCGCGGGUAGAGGCACGCCGAUGCUCUCGGCAGCCAGAAGGACCGGGACGCCGGGACUCUCCGCCGCUGGCACCCAAACCCUUCCCUCGUGCACGCGUCUGCAUAUUGUAACAUACAAAUCACGAUGAAAUGUAAAUUCUACUCUAGAAACUUAUAUUGGGCUAUUCUCUUUCCUGAAAUCUCUGCCCUUCUGAUUUCGCUAUUAGGAGAAAUCCCCCUGGGUUUAGAGCACUUGUUCCACGGAUUUCUGUACAGCCCACAUCUGUUGCCUUUCCCUCUGCGGCUCGGGGCUCUGCCCCUGCUGCAGGCAGAGGAAGGAGCGGGUCUCCCUGCGGGCCGAGCCGCGGAGGGGCCUCCGCAGCCCUGCUCUGCCCCUUAGAGCUCGGCGAUUUUCCUAAACUGCCUUUCAGGAUCGGGUUUGAAUUGCAAUCGUGUCAGAUGCACGGCUCCCUCUUCCCCGAGACUUGUGCUCACAGCGCUUUUCCAGGCUGAUUAGUAGCGUCGGAGCUGCUAGAUAGGGCUGUACAGUCCAUUUCCCCCAAAACAGGAUGUUUCCAUCAACUUGCGUUUGAUUUUCCCCGAAGAGCAGCGCAGAGUUUAGCUGGGAAACACGUCCCGGCUAAGACCUCGUCUUCAGCUGCCACUCGGGUCACUUCACAUCUCUGUAUUAUAUUUCAUCUUGUCAUUCCCCUUUCUCUACCUUCAUGGGGAAAAAACAAAUAAACUAACAAACAAACACCCUUGGAAAACCAGCUGGUGAUGGUGAAGCGCGGGGACACGGCAGCGGCGGCGCCCGGCGGAGCGGCAGGGCCGACCAUCAUCAUCCCCUCUCCGAGGCCGAGGCACGGCUCUGUCCCGGGCACCCCCUCCCCGACCUCGGUUGUUUGUUGUAGGUUGGUGCUGCUCCCGGAGCAAAACCCCCUGCUCUCCUGGACCACCUCUCGCCUCGGCUGCCUCGGGAGCAGCGCUUUUGCUGGGAUUUCCAGCGUCUUUGUGCGUUUGUAGAGAUGCGUGUGAAUGGGGCUGCGAGUGUUAAAGCUGCCACAUAACCUGUGCGAACAUAUGUUUUAUAUUUACCCGCGAUGCUUUUGUAUUCAGAGAUUCAAGGGCAAACUGCCCGGGACAAUCGCAAACCUAGAAUUAUUAUCUAGUAAAGUGCAUGGGGGAAAAUAUUACUAAAAAUAAAAUAAAAUAAAAUAAAAUAUAAAAAAAGAUUUGUUCUCUUUUGGAAAAGCUCAUUUCCAUUUUCGUGGACGUGACACUUUGAUAAGGGUAAAUAGCAAUAGCGUGCUAUUCCUUGUACAGUUUUCCAGACUGCUUGAAAAACUUUACUCUGUUUGGGGUGUUUGAAGUAGCACAUUAUAACCAGAAGGAUUUUUAGGUUGUUUCCCGCUAUGACAUUGUCGUCCCCGUCAAAAUGUGGCUAAGUUGGCCUGAGGGAAAAAGAUGCUCGUGCUAAAUGAUGUAGUAGAAUAAAAGAGUGAACGGCGUUUAAUACGCCAUAUAAAAUAAUGUCAGAUGUCCCCGGCUGUGAUCUCGAAGUCUCUCUCACAUAUUAGACUAAGUUUAUAAAUGGUUACCUGGGGUUUACAAAUUUUUGGUAAUAAAAUCUCAUUAAUUCCAUUAUGAUUUCUGUAUCCUUCUCCCGUAAAGGGGCCUGUAAAAUGUAGCCAUUCUACACAAGCCCUGCCAUUCAUCAAGUCCGCGAACAUUCGUAUUUCCCUAUCUAGCUGCGUAGAGGCCGAUAAAUAGAAAGGCUCUCCAGAUAAUCACUGAUAUCUUUUGCCCUCCACGCAGAGUACUUGGCGGUGUUUGUUCCGUCCCGGAAAGCCGGGCUUCUGAAACAGGCUUGAAAGUAGGUGAACUUUUUAAAAAACACAUGAAAGUUGGGAAUCUUUAUAUACGUGUUUGCAUUGCUCGUGGGGCAAAGAGUAUACCCGGCAGCAAUUCCUCAUCAGCGGACUUAAAAGAGUCUCCUGCCUUUCCCGAGGCCUUUCUGCCUCCCUCUCUCCCUCCCCUCUGUAAACACCCGCGCACAGAUGCGGCGAGGCUUCCCGGGAAUGCUCCAGCCCGGAGCCCGGAUCCUCUGCCAGCUCCUGCCGUGCUGCUGCAUUUGUUCCUCCCGUUUUCCGCAGGAGACGGAUGACACCGGCUUUAGGGAAAAGCUCCAGAGGGUAACUGAGAGUUCAGCGGUUCCCAGCACUAAAGUACAGGAUGGUAUUGCUGUGGCUUCGUGAGAGCUGCUCCGUCUUCACAAAACCUGCGAGCCGGAGCAGCUCUCCACGCAGAAUUUACUGCUUGUGUUUGGUUUAUCAACGCCGAUGGCGUCUGAUCAUUAAGAAAGACGAACUGCAUAAACAUCUGAUAGUUUGUAUUAGAAUCAUGCACAGUGACAAUUGCACAGAACUGGUUUUAAUUUUAUUCCAUAGUGUUUACACAUUGACAUAUGGUGAAUUUGUCUUCGCUGAGAAAGUUAAGAAUCAAUAGCGUUAAUAGCUGUUCAUAGGUAUGAUAGCGAUUAACAUUUUUGCUUCCACCAGCCCCAGAUUUCUGAGGAGGAACGCUUGCGUGCUGAAAGAAAAGGAGUUUUCCAAUAAGACUAACUGGAUCUGCCCGCUAAGGUGCUCAGGAUUUCUUCGCAGGCAUCACCGAGUUCACCAGGACUCGCCCUAUCUCCGCUAACAGUCAUGGAGAAGCAGCAGCCCCCUUGCUCCGUGUUUAUCUCUGUUUUGCAAUGAUUUCGCUCGUCAGUACCUGCAAAGCUCAGCCUGCAAAAACAACUCGCUGGUUCCCGGCGAAGAGAGCUGGUCCAUGAUAAAGGGCUGGAGCCUAUUUCCCCCGAACUCCGGCUGUGAUGACAGUGUUUUCUAGGAGCCCCUCUCGCUCCCAGGGAAGAGGGAAAAGCAAAGUUCCCGAGCCUGCUCCCUAUCCCCCACUUUCUAUGAAUGUGCUGCAGGACCUUUGGCAAACUCCCUGGUUUUCCCAAGGACAGUCCAACGACAUCCAGUAAUAGCAAACUGGGGUGGCAAAAGCGUGGUUGUUCCGGGACAUAUGCUAUAAAUGAGGAUGUGGCCUCAAAGAGAUCAUUAAAAUAUGUAUUUCUGUGAACUGAAAAUAGAAAACUCAUACGCGAGUCACUGACAUUUACAAACGUAGCUAAUGGAAAAAUUUUCCGCAACGUCGAAGGACUAUUAUUUUUAUUUUUCAGGUGUUGCUUUACAAAGAUCAUGAAAUCAAGUAGAAACUUUAAGCCUAACCCAAUCCACAGAUGUCUAUGCACGUCUCUAAGUCAAACAGGUCAAAUAUUUUUUUAAAGGCGCAUUUACCAAGAGGGGAAAAAAAAAAAAAAAAAAAAAAGCAUCUAAGCUGGAAACCUGUAGGGGCAUAACAAAGGAAAGAGGCCACAAAGAAAUAUCCCACAGUGGAUUACAAGGUUAUGGGACAGGUCACUACAGGAAAGUUAAACAAAAAAUGAAGGGUACAUUAUAUAAACCUCACAUAAUUAAAAAAUAGUUAGUUCCAAUGUUGUAGUUAUACCUUCAGAUAUUUGUUGAGUUUGUUGUUCGAGAGCCUGUGAAUUUAUUGGGAGAUUAUUCUGUUAAUAUAGCUUUAUUUACCCGGAGUUUGCUUUUCCACAUAAUUAGAAAACUGACCGCAGCUUUUAAUGACUGUGUAUUUAAUGAAGACUACGAUUAUUUUACACUGCAGACAGAUGUACAGAAUGUACUAUUAUAGGAGGGGACGUAGUCAGACAAGAAAUAAACCCAGCCCUACAGAGAGAGAGGACUCUAAGACAGUAAUAUAUUAAAUAUUGCAGCGAUCGAUUUCAAUACCCUGAGUGGACACGGGAAUAAAAAUUCACCCCCAAGAUGAAAUGAUUAGGAAUUCUUUGUUGUGCAAGGAAAAAAAAAAAAAAAAAAAAAAAAAAAAAAAAAAAAAAGCAGCUAUUUUUCCCCCCAGAUUCUUUUUGUUCAGGUUAGAAGAGGGCCUGGCAAGCAUCUUUCAAGCUCUUGGGUCGCGGUUUGGGAUAUAACCCUAGAGGUUAGCCGCAUCUCAGGGCGUUUCUCCAUGGCAAAAAGAUGGAUCUUUGUCCGAAGAGAGACGGAUUAAAUAUCAAGCCCGGCUCCGGUGCGCGGGACAGCAGCGGCCCCCGGCAGCGGCUGCCGCCCGCGGCAGGGCCGGGCCCCGGGACCCCGGAGCGGGACGGCGAGGGGCUCCCGCAGCCGGGCCCCGGGACGGGCACGGCUGGGGCGGGCGGCAGGAGCGGAGCCGGUCCCCCUUGGCCAGGCCAAUUAAGGCGGCACACAAAGCUGCGCUCCCACCACCCUCCGCUCCCACCGCUGCCCCCGGCCCGCUCUUCCCUUUCUUGCCUGCGUAUCUUCCCCCUCCCCUCCCCAGCCACAGCCCUUCUCGGCUCUAAUUAAUAAUUAAAAGGAGGAAUGAAAAUUAAAGCGGGGGCAGAGGAGGAGCGAGAGCCCGCGGGAGCCCGCCUGAACGCUGGACUUGGGAGAGAAGGUGGCCCGGCGUCAUGCGGGGCUGCCGGGCGGGGGUCCCCGCACCCCCUCCGGGCCGCCCCCUGCCCCCAUCCCGCGGGAUGCCGGCCGGGGUGGCCGCCCGGCACAGGGCUCUUCGCGGUAGCUGUGUCUGAGCCUUGGCAGGGCAGCGGCCGCGGGCUCGGGUUUGCUUCGCUGCCGUUCGGCUGCAGGGAACAGGAAUUAUAUCCCAGAAAAUGCGAACCUGUUGACUGCCACGUCCCGAGUGAAAGGGCCGGUAGUCUUUUACAUUCCCGAACCUAUGAAGUUGGGACGCCAUCGCUGGGCCCCUGGAUUCACCUGUCACUGCAAUCACUGCCCCGGAGCACUGACAAAUAUUCA